AUGUUGGCCUCGUCGCUGCCACUGCUGCGCCGCCGCGGCACGGGUCACGUCGUGAAGUACCUGGAGGGGGUGCCCACCCCCACGAAGCUUAUCGACCACCUUGCUGGCGCCGACCUGCAUGCAUCCGCCGAGUUACCCUUCUUUACUACCGUGCCGCGCUACGUGGACGUGCAGCGGGAACAGCGUCUGUCUCGCCUGUACUUUCACCAUGUUCUGUACCCCGCUGGAGGGGCUCGGCUUCCCUAUCAAGCAGUCGUCGUGCGCGGAGGACGUGCGGUUCGUGCCUCAGAGACGCACUUGCUGCGGGUCAAGAAGGCGACGAGCUGGACGCCGCUCCAUGCAGAGCAGCAGCAACAGCAACAGCCCACCGCGGUCGUUGCCCCAGCGGCGCGCCGACCAAGCCCUCUCGCCGUCCCAUCCUCACAGCUCGGCUCCUCAGGCCCUGCAUCCUCAUCGCCUGCUGCAGCAAAGGUGCCCGUCAUGAGCGUCAGCACGACAGUCCCCACAGAGGACGUUCCCGCCCCGGCGUCGUGGGCGCGAGUGGACCCUGCGAGGCGGCCAUACUUUUCCGCCGGCACACCGCGCAGCCACGAGCAUCGCCGCAGCUCUCAUCGGCCUCCAGAAGACACGGAGCGGUCGGCGAGGGUGGUGGAGGACACGACUUUGGCUCCGCUGCGAGGGGCUCUGGAGCACUUCUGGAAUGAACUGAGGACAACGAGGAACUCGUCGACCCAAGAUGUCACAGGUGGGCCGCCCUCCGCCGCCCUUUUGGCUACGAACGAGAUGGCGGAGCGCGUUCGGCAGCUGCUUGUGUCCCCCGCAGCUGGGCUCCUGUGGAUGCCAACCUCUGCGUCCCUGUCAAACGCUGCGGAUAUCUGUGAGGAAAGCAGACACACUUCCAGCGGCGUCUCUGACAGCUCAGAGCGGCGCUUCUGGACAGAGCUGAUGGCGCACGUACAGGAGAGAGUGUCAGCAAUGACGAUGCAUGUGGGCGGUGGCGGUGACGGCGAGGUAAAAUCCCCUGCAGCCGUGCGUACGUGCUUGUAUGUGCAGACACGGCUUCCCCCGUCAGCGACGGUAACACUCCCGUUAGCGCAGGUGCGCGAUUAUGUCCACGACGGCAGGGAAACAGCAGGUGACCUCAGCGUGCACGAUGACGCGAGCGAGCGUGUGGUUUGUCGGCUUGCUGGUGGCCUGGAGCCGGUGGUGUCGUUUGCUGUGGGUCGCCCACUGACGCCGGUCACGACCGACGGCGCUGCCACCUCGCCGUCGGAUCGUGCCUUCGCGCACGUGACGUGCCUGACGCGACUCAACAUGCGCGUGACAUCGGCGCCGUUGGCAAAGGCCCCAGCGGUGAACGCAGCAAACGUGUCAUCCGGUACGCAUCCGGUGAAGGAAGCGGUGCCCCACUUCCGCGACAGCACCCUUCCCUCCGCGGAGCCGUGGCGCUUGGGCGGUGUUGGGCUGGACCUCAUGACACCUCUGCACGCCCGCACUGUGGCGGAGCGCCACACCGCGAAGCCCUCCGCGCACACGAACGGACGCUUGACGGCGCUAACAGAGAACGGCACCUCCAACGUGAAAGCAAACGCGGACAGCGCAGAAGCAGGACGGUACGUUAUUGGUCGAACGGACGCAGAGACGUACGUGCUCCCCCAGCGUGAGCUGCUACUGACGCUUCACGUGCCCACCCACACAGAAGACAUGUGCGCCGCGCAAAAUCAGGAACGACUGCGCCGACAGGUGCGCCUAGGUCGAGCAAGUCGUGCAGCGAUGUCCGCAGCGUGGCCAACGGAGCAGGCACGGCUCACAUCUGCGCGCCGCGCAGAGGGGCAGUACGCGAAUGCGAUGAGCGCGAACGAGACGGGCGCGCAUCGCACAAACGCGCCGCUGCAAGUGGCUACAACGCCCCUCGCGGCAUCUCCGUCGAUGCCACUGCUUCUGUCCCGCCUCAGUUACGAAGUGCGCGCGCUUCCAGGUGACGUCGUGUACAUUCCACGAGGGUGGGGUUUUGACGUGCAGCGCAUUGUCGGCACAGCCACCAUCGACAACGGCAGCCGCGGCCGAAAAGGAGGUCGUGACGCGGACAAGGUGGGCUUCUACGAUCACCGCGCCGUUGCAGCGCACAAAGGGACGUGGCCUGGUCACCGGCCAGAAACACCGUCUAAAAGCAGCGAACCGAACAAAACAGAGUCCCAUGUGGCGUCGACAGCAUCGGUGCAGCUCACUUCCGUCGAGGUGGACGCCUUGUGCCUCAACUAUCAGCCAUACCCCGAGCUGACAGAGAAGCAGGCAGCCGUCUACGUCGCGGCGAACUACGUGCACAGCGGCGUCGACGAGUUCUACGAACGCGGAGGCAACAGCGUCUAUCGCUCGUACCAAUAA